AUGUCAAUCCAGCCCUUUUCCUUUCCGGUACCUGAGACCAGAUUUUUUCAAGCUGGACAAGAUGUUUAUAAGUUCAAGAUAAGAAGAGGAGACAGGAGCAGCACUGGUGAAAAAGACAUGCUGGAUGGGGCACUAAUUAGUGAGGAGCUGGAGAGUGCUGUGCGUGCAGUGCUUGCAAAUUUGGAUGGUCUUUACCCCUUCGCCACCCAGCAUUUCAACAUUUUUCCCUAUAAGAGUAAAUGGGAACGAGUGUCCAAACUGAGGUUCUUGAAAGGUGGUGUGAAACUGUCUGCUUACCCCUUCCUCAUCACACUCUAUGUCGAGUUUCGUGAACCGAUCUGUCCACACACAGGGACAAAUACCAAUGUCUGGAUCCCACUGGAGUAUAUAGCCCGCAGCCCACUGUGUACCGGUGACAAAUUGAGGAAAGUCCAAACCACUGUAAUGGAGUGUCCAGAAGAGGGGGCUAUGAGUCAAGACAACCAGAAUAAAAUAGCCACAGAGAAUUCUCAGUAUUUCCAGGUGCACAGUAGCUGCAUCUGA